AUGUCGUUCUAUGGAUGUUAUGCUGCUGGAAGUGAGCUUGACGAGUCGUGUACGCUACAGAAGGGCGACACAACAGCAGACUUUGUUCGGGUAAAGAGGGGCGACACAACAGCAGACUUUGUUCAGGUAAAGAGGGGCGACACAACAGCAGACUUUGUUCAGGUAAAGAGGGGCGACACAACAGCAGACUUUGUUCAGGUAAAGAGGGACGACACAACAGCAGACUUUGUUCAGGUAAAGAGGGACGACACAACAGCAGACUUUGUUCAGGUAAAGAGGGACGACACAACAGCAGACUUUGUUCAGGUAAAGAGGGGCGACACAACAGCAGACUUUGUUCAGGUAAAGAGGGGCGACACAACAGCAGACUUUGUUCAGGUAAAGAGGGGCGACACAACAGCAGACUUUGUUCAGCAUUCCUACUUGAGACAACUUCUCCCCGGCAAUAUGACCGAAAUUCACGACAUCGUGAGAAACGAAUACGACUCCACUUGUGUAGAGUGCGACUUCAUCUGCGCUGUCAACGACUGGAACCUGACGUCAGACAUCAAGAACAUCGUGUCUCAGAUACACCCUGAGACGAUGAAGAGGUAUUACGGUUGCGGACUCAAUACCCCCGAAGGCAUUGAAGGGAAACGUGUCCUUGACAUUGGAUGCGGGUCAGGCAGUCUCGUUUUCCUCCUCAGCAAAUUAGUUGGCCCAACCGGAAGUGUAGUUGGUGUGGACUUCUCGACGAAUCUUAUUGCCGAGUGUGUGAACAGGGAGGACUAUCACCGCAACAGAUGGGGAUACGACAAGAAAAACACGGAGUUCUUUGUCGGAAACGCCGAGAACAUGUCCCAGCUUAAAGAUCAAAGUUUUGAUGUCAUUGUAUCCAAUGGUGUGUUUUGCCUGAUUCCAAACAAGUCCAAAUCGUUCGCUGAAGCCUUCAGAUUGAUGAAGAAUGGUGGUGAGUUCUACUUGAAUGACAUAUACGCUGAAAACCCUGCCCCCGCCGAGCUGAUGGAUGACCUGAAGUUAUGGGAUUGGGCUGUGACUGGUUCCCAGCUGCCAGAUGAGUUGUUGUCCUCGGCCAAGGACGUAGGCUUCACCCUGCCAUACCUCACUUCCGUCGGACCUAUCGACAUCAGCGACAGCUUCAAAGAAAAGCUGCCCGGAAGAAGGUGCGUUUGCGCGGGCAACCGGAUGUUUCGUUUAGGAAGCGGAAGUAACAGGGGACCAGCUUCAGUGACGUACAAAGGAAACAUUAAAGGGCAUGAAUCUGAGUUCAGAUGGGACGUCAAUCUAACCUUUAAGCAUUCCUACUUGAGACAACUUCUCCCCGGCAAUAUGACCGAAAUUCACGACAUCGUGAGAAACGAAUAUGACUCCACUUGUGUAAAGUGCGACUUCAUCUGCGCCGUCAAAGACUGGAACCUGACGUCAGACAUCAAGAACAUCGUGUCUCAGAUACACCCUGAGACGAUGAAGAGGUAUUACGGUUGCGGACUAUAUACCCCCGAAGGCAUUGAAGGGAAACGUGUCCUUGACAUUGGAUGCGGGUCAGGCAGUCUCGUUUUCCUCCUCAGCAAAUUAGUUGGCCCAACCGGAAGUGUAGUUGGUGUGGACUUCUCGACGAAUCUUAUUGCCGAGUGUGUGAACAGGGAGGACUAUCACCGCAACAGAUGGGGAUACGACAAGAAAAACACGGAGUUCUUUGUCGGAAACGCCGAGAACAUGUCCCAGCUUAAAGAUCAAAGUUUUGAUGUCAUUGUAUCCAAUGGUGUGUUUUGCCUGAUUCCAAACAAGUCCAAAUCGUUCGCUGAAGCCUUCAGAUUGAUGAAGAAUGGUGGUGAGUUCUACUUGAAUGACAUAUACGCUGAAAACCCUGCCCCCGCCGAGCUGAUGGAUGACCUGAAGUCAUGGGGUGAGGCUGCGUGGUGUUAA